AUGCUUUCGCCGACGACGGUGAACGACAACGACUCGACCACGGCUCCCCUCGACCGAGUUGAAAGCUCCGGUUCUCAAGCAACCCAGGCUCAGUCCCAGGCUCAGUCUCACGCCCAUUCUCGAUCCCAGGGCCCCUCUCACUUCGGCGGCGGCGCCGUCACUCCGGCGGCCUCAUCCACAUGGGGCCUUGGCGACCCGACUCCAUCACAGCACCUGUCUUCCGAGGCCUCGACGUCGCCGGCCGAGUCAUGGAGGCUGGAUGAGUUUGUCACGGACCCCGGUUACCUCGCUUACCAGGAGGAACUGAGAUGCCUCAUCUUCAACACGGCUCAGACGGCCGCCCCCACGAGAGAGGGCACGCCCGAGGCGGCUGAUGGCGGGUUUGCCGCGGGAGGCUUCGCUGCCCCGGGGUCCAUUCUGGGCGAUGAUUCGGCCUCGAGACGGCAGGCUGGGCAGACUUUGGGAACGGGACGAAGGCUGGAGUAUUUGAAGAACUACGUGGGCGAAGUUGCACCAUGGCUGGACAUGUUUGAUAGCGAUCGUGCUUUCGGCAUCCAAGUGCCGGUACUGGCGCGCAGCUCACCGGCUUUAUUAUACGCAGUUCUGGCGUUAUCGGCUCGCCAGAUGGAGCGGAAAGAAGGAAAACAGACAUCGUUCGACAGUCUAGAGCUUUACCAAGAGGCCAUCCGCCUGCUGACGCCGCUGCUCCAAUCGCGAGACCAGAAGAUUAUCCCCAUUUGCACCAUACUGUGCUGCCUGGAGAUGAUGUCCGCCAGUGCUCAAGAUUGGCGGAAACACCUCGAGGGAUGCGCAGCUCUCUUUGACUCGUUCUACGUCCACGGAUUCAGCGGCGGUCUCUUGCAGGCUGUCUUCUGGUGCUACGCCAGGAUGGAUCUCUGCGGUGCACUCAUUUCCGACGGAACGGAGAACACUCUCCUCACUCCAUCAAAAUGGCUCCCGAGCGGCGCUUCUCACAACGAGGCACGAGAGCUCUUUCACCAGUCCGGCACACCCGACAUGCACGCCAACUACGCAGUCUAUCUAUGCGCCAAGGUUUGCGAGCUCGUUGCAGACCGGACGAGAUACUUCGAGCUCGGCGAUGCCAACGGCUGCAGUCCAGACGAGUUGACCGAGCGCUGGAUCCGCCUCUGGGAAGACCUGCAAGCGUGGACAAGAGACCGUCCGCCAGAGCUUCUGCCCGUUCAAAGCAUCCAAAGCAGUCCUUUUCCUCAGAUUCUGUUCCUCCACUGGGCGGCCAUUUCUUCCAACCAGCUCUACCAUACGGCUUGCACACUCCUCCUAGGAUCAAUGCCCAGACCCCUCAACAUCAAGCUGGGCGUCACGGGCUCGGCGAUUUGGCAUGCAAAGUGUAUCUGCGGCAUCUCGCUGGCGAACCCUCACCAAGGAUGCUUGAAUAACGCCAUCCAGCCUCUGUGGGUUGCCGGACGGCUUCUCAGUCACAAGUCCGAGCACGCGCUUCUCGUCAAGCUUAUCCGCAGCAUCGAAGCAGUCACUGGAUGGGGCACAUGCUGGCGAAUCGAUGAUCUCGAAACCGCUUGGGGCUACAAAGUACGCAAAGAGCUUAGAGAUGCCGGCAUGGCAAGAUGA